AUGCCUGUCAAAACUUCCAAGGCUUUUCUCACUGUUCUGGGUGUUCCUGAGAAGCCACAAAUUAGUGGAUUUACUUCACCAGUUAUGGAGGGAGAGAGGAUGCAGCUAACUUGCAAGACCUCUGGUAGCAAACCAGCAGCUGAUAUCAGAUGGUUCAAGAAUGACAAAGAGAUUAAAGAUGUCAAAUAUUUAAAAGAAGAGGAUGCAAAUCGCAGGACAUUCACAGUUAGCAGCACAUUGGAUUUCCGAGCGGAUCGGAGUGAUGAUGGUGUCGUUGUAAGUUGCAGAGUAGACCAUGAGUCCUUAAACUCCACACCUCAGAUAGCAAGGCAGGUUCUAGAAAUACACUAUACACCUUCAGUUAAAAUCAUAUCUUCCAGUUCAUGGCCAGAAGAAGGACAAUCUAUAGUUUUGACUUGUGAAUCCAAAGGAAAACCACUGCCGGAACCAGUAUUGUGGACAAAGGAUGGCGGCGAACUACCAGAUCCAGAGAGAAUGGUUGUCAAUGGUAGGGACCUAAGAAUUAGUUUCCUAAACAAAACGGACAAUGGUACAUAUCGAUGUGAAGCAACAAACCCUAUUGGCCAAAACAGCACAGAGUAUGUCCUGAUUGUACAUGAUGUUUCCAACACUUUGCUUCCCACCACUGUCAUCCCCUCACUUACCACUGCAACAGUCACAACCACUGUAGCCUUAACAACCAGCACAGCCACAUCGGCAACAGCCAUCAGCACCAGAGACCCAAAUGCUUUGGCUGGACAGACUGGACCUGACCAUGCUCUCAUAGGAGGAAUAGUGGCUGUAGUUGUCUUUGUCACAUUAUGUUCUAUAAUUCUGCUUGGACGAUAUCUGGCAAGACAUAAAGGAACAUAUUUAACAAAUGAAGCUAAAGGAGCUGAAGAUGCACCUGAUGCUGACACAGCCAUUAUCAAUGCAGAAGGCAGCCAAGUCAAUGCAGAGGAGAAAAAGGAGUAUUUCAUUUAG